CUGCAAAUACUCUUUUUUCUCAAGUGCUAUUGAUUGUGAUUGAUUUAAGCAUUAAUUAUUUAUAAUUCAUCUAUAAGGUAGAUCCGAACGGCUGUUAAAAUGCAUACAAUACAAAUUUGCAAUAGUUUUGUUUGAAAUUGCAACGCAACGAAGAGGAGCAACAAUACUCUGUUACCUAUGGGAGAGGAAAAGUCGGAAUCUCGGGAGACAUUAGCUGCAACUUCUUUGAUCAAUCAAGCGGACGUCGACGUCGACUGCGACCCCAGCGUCGGCAGCGACAACAGCAACAGCAACGACGAGAACCCAAAAAGCACAACAACAAGACAAACCAAGCAAGCAGAGACAAACGAAACGAGCGACGAUGUCAAAGAGAACAACUCAACAAAAACAAAUGAAGCGAGCAGCAACAGCACAAGCAACCAAAGCAAUGGUAUUAACGGAAAUAAAGCAGUAGUAGCUAAUACGCUAAACGACGCCGGCAGCAGCUGCGAAGAGCAAACUACCGUUACAAUCAAGCCAGAAUUUAAGAUAAGCAUUGUGCCGCUGGAAAAAUUGCUGGCGCAGCCAAGUAUCAAUACAUCAAUAUUGGCAAAAAACGCAAGCAUCCACAAUAACAACAGCAGCAUCAACAACAACAGCGAGAAAUCAAGAAGACCUAGCGUCUCUGUUCUGCCAGCGCGCAGCACUCGCAACAAAAACGUUUCCAUUAUCGAGCUAAGCGAAAGCGAGUACGAAUCUGCGGAUGAAGUGGUUCUUGUAAAUCCCGCAGCGCGACGUUUACGUUUACGUGUAACGCGUACUGUCUCAACUUCGUCGUCUCUCUCAAGCAAAGCGACAAGUGAAGGAAACGCCAAGAGAGCACAUCGUACCAAACAAAGUCAACUCCACCAGCUGCUGCAAGACAGUGACAAGGAAGAGGGACAGCAAAAGAGAUCAACGCCAAAGCUUAGGCACUGUGUGGUUCGCGUGAAGCGUGUUAAGUUGCCUAAAGUAGCAGCAACAGCAGCACCAGCUCCUACUGAUAAAUCGAGAAAAACCGUUAACACAAAGCGCAUCAUGAGCAGUGAUUCAGAUACAGAGCAAGCAAGCACCUCGAAGCGGCGGCGACAGCAAAAUGCAAGCGAAAGUGACAGCAAUAGCGACGAUUCUGAUUACAAGGCAGAACAAGCCGAAGAGCAGGAAGCGGAAGAUGAAGAUGAAGGACAGAAGCAAUCCGACGAGGAAGCAGCUGGCCAGAGCAGUGACAGUGAGAUAAUGCCGCAGCGCAAGCGUCGCAGCUUUGCCGGCAAGAAAGACUCUGUCUCUGGGAACGAUUCUUCCGAUUUUGAGCCAGAUGAUAAAAAGAAAAAGAAGCGACGACGUAUUAAAAAGGAUUCCAGUGGCGAUAGCGAUGAUGGCGAUGAUGAGAAGAACAAAAAUAAGCGCAAGCAUAUACGGAAAAUUAUCAAGACUAAGGAUUUGGAUCUGAGCACCAAGGAAGCGGCCAAAGAGGAGGAUGAUCGACGUAAACGUAUUGAGGAGCGACAAAAGCUUUACAAUCGCAUCUUUGUCAAAUCGGAGAGUGUGGAGAUAAGCGAGCUCAUAUUGGACUUUGAUGAGAAAUCAAAAAAGGCGCUGCUGCAGGUGGACAAGGGCUUGCUUAAGAAGCUAAAGCCCCAUCAGGUGGCGGGUGUCCGGUUCAUGUGGGAGGCUUGCUUUGAAACUCUCAAGGAGAGCGAAAAAAGUCCAGGCUCCGGCUGCAUAUUGGCUCAUUGCAUGGGUCUGGGCAAGACCCUACAGGUUGUAACACUCUCCCACACGCUGUUGACCAAUUCACGACGCACUGGCGUGGAGCGUGUCCUGGUUAUUUCACCGCUCAGCACUGUUAACAAUUGGGCACGAGAGUUUGUGCAUUGGAUGGGCUUUGCACAUCGCAAGGAUAUUGAAAUAUAUGACAUUUCACGUUACAAGGACAAACCAACGCGUAUCUUCAAGCUAAACGAAUGGUAUGAGGAGGGUGGCGUCUGCAUACUUGGCUAUGAUAUGUAUCGUAUUUUGGCCAAUGAAAAGGCCAAGGGUUUGCGUAAAAAGCAGCGAGAACAAUUGCAACAGGCGCUAGUGGAUCCCGGACCGGAUAUGGUUGUCUGCGAUGAAGGACAUUUGUUGAAAAACGAGAAGACCUCCAUUAGCAAGGCGGUCACUCGUAUGCGCACCAAGCGACGCAUUGUGCUCACGGGCACGCCACUGCAGAAUAAUCUCAAAGAAUACUAUUGCAUGAUACAGUUUGUUAAGCCAAAUCUGCUGGGCACAUACAAGGAGUAUAUGAAUCGCUUUGUAAAUCCGAUUAGCAAUGGUCAGUAUACAGACUCCACAGAGCGUGACUUGCGUCUGAUGAAGCAUCGCUCGCACAUAUUGCACAAGUUGCUUGAAGGUUGCAUACAGCGUCGUGACUAUUCCGUGUUGGCUCCCUAUUUGCCACCAAAGCAUGAGUAUGUGGUGUACACUACGUUGUCGGAGUUGCAGCAGCAGCUUUAUGGUUAUUACAUGACUACGCAUCGUGAUCAAGGUAGCUCGGAUAUAUGCGGCAAGGGUGCACGGUUGUUUCAGGACUUUCAGGACUUGCGACGCAUCUGGACGCAUCCAAUGAACUUGCGCGUGAAUAGCGACAACGUAAUUGCCAAGCGUUUGUUAAGCAAUGAUGACUCAGAUAUAGAGGGUUUUAUAUGCGAUGAAUCUGACGAGGAAGAGGCAAUGUCCAAUUCAUCCGAAAGCGGCGAAUCGUUCAAGUCCGAUGCUAGCCUUACGUUGGUAAACACAAAUGCCGCAGGCGGCAGCAAAGCAAAGAGUCGCAAGACACGCAAUGGCGUGCGCUCUGGCUUAGUAGACAGCGAUUCCGAUGUGGAGUACUUGGCCGGUGCUGCAGCUGUGCAGAAAGAUGAUCCAUCUGAAUGGUGGAAGCCGUUUGUAGAGGAAAGAGAGCUCAACAAUGUUAAUCAUUCCCCCAAGUUGCUUAUGCUCUUGCGGCUGUUGCAACAGUGUGAGGCCAUUGGCGAUAAGCUGUUGGUCUUCUCGCAGUCGCUGCAAUCUCUGGACGUCAUAGAGCAUUUUCUCUCGCUUGUCGAUAGCAACACCAAGGGCUACGAGUUUGAGGGCGACGUGGGCAACUUUAAAGGGUGUUGGAGUCCUGGUGAGGACUACUUUCGCUUGGAUGGCUCUUGCAGUGUCGAGCAGCGCGAGGCGAUGUGCAAGAAGUUCAACAAUGCCACCAACUUACGUGCGCGUCUCUUUCUCAUCUCGACACGCGCUGGCGGUUUGGGCAUUAAUCUGGUGGCAGCCAAUCGUGUGGUUAUAUUUGAUGUCUCUUGGAAUCCUUCGCAUGAUACACAGAGCAUCUUUAGAGUAUAUCGCUUUGGCCAGGUGAAGCCUUGCUACAUAUAUCGACUCAUUGCCAUGGGCACCAUGGAACAAAAGGUUUAUGAGCGUCAGGUGGCAAAGCAGGCGACUGCCAAGCGCGUCAUCGAUGAGCAACAGAUCUCUAGGCAUUAUAAUCAAACAGAUUUGAUGGAAUUGUAUACAUAUGAGCUGAAGCCAAGCGUUGAGCGCGAGAUGCCGCUGCUGCCCAAAGAUCGCCUUUUUGCCGAGCUGCUUACCGAGCAUGAGAAGCUUAUAUUUAAAUAUCAUGAGCAUGAUUCAUUGCUGGAGCAAGAGGAGCAUGAGAAUCUAACUGAGGAGGAACGCAAGUCCGCUUGGGCCGAGUACGAGGCAGAAAAAACGCGCGCUGUGCAGGCCUCGCAGUAUAUGAGCUAUGACCGCAAUGCUUUUGGCACGCAGGUUGCCAGUCAAUUUGGCAAUGCCUCUGGCAGUGUAACUUCGAAUAAGAUCUUUGGCUUCCGUUCGGACAUACUCCUGCAGUUGCUUAACAUGAAAAUCUCCAAAGAUCAUCCAGAGCUCACUCAAAACCAGGUCAUACAGCUGGUGCCCAGCUAUUUGCAGCAGUUGUACAAUGAGAUGAACAAUGGUGAUCCCACCAUGUAUAAGGAUCUGCUACAGCUGCAUACGCACAUUGUGCAUCCCAGCGGCAUGUACAUGAAUCCUUUGCUGUAUGCCAACCAAAAUCCAUCGGCAGCCGGCUAUAAUCAAGCUUCAACUGGACAGACGGCUGCUGCGGGCGCGGCUGUACCUAGUGUGAGUGCGCAGGGAUUCGAGGCGGACAAGGUAUAUGAAAUUGAUUAGAUCUGACAUAUUUAAAUGUAUACCGGGGAGAUAUAUGACGUAUGUUUGAUGAACAGUGCGCACACAGUGACUGACAGGAAAAUUGAAAGGAUUACAAUUUAUAGACGCGCCUUGCCUAGAGCUACUGCGCGCAUAUCGAUUAAUGUCUUUUUAUCAUUUGGAAUUAUUUAUAGUUAAUUGAUGUCUUAUUAACAUUGAAGUCAACCCCUUGGUUUCGUCUUCAGCUAAAAAAUAAAAACACAUAAAUAUAGCCCAACCAUAAGUUUAUAAAAAGGUCUUAAGCCGAAAUAUGUUUUACACUUUCCUAAUACUUUUAGAAAUAACACUAGAUACCAUUAACGAUUUACAGAAACAUAUAAUGAGUUAUAUAUGUAUGUAUGUCUAGAUUUAUUAGCUACUAUACGCGAUCUUUUGCAAAGAUCUACAAAAAAAAUAAAUAAUAAAAAUCGAAGUACACAUCCAGCAAAAUAACAAUAAAUG